AUGUCGGAAAAAAUCAGCGCCGACCAGAAGCUCGACGGCCGUCGCCUCCUCGCGUGCCUCUUUGCCCUUGUCGUUGCCGCUAUCCUCGUCAGUGUCCUUGUCUUCACAAUCAUACGCCCCUCGAAGCCCGUUUUCACCCUCGAGGACGCCACCGUCUUCCGCCUCAACCUCUCUGCCGCCCCCAACGCCAUCUCGGCCGCCGUCCAAGUAACUGUGUCGGCCCGCAACCCCAAUGGCAACACCGGCGUCUACUACGACUCCCUCCACGCGUACGCUGACUACCGGAGCCAGCAGGUGACCUACUUCGCGGCCAUCCCGCCGGCCUACCAGGUCCCGCGGGGGGUCGACGUGUGGUCUCCGCUCGUGUACGGGGACUCAAUCCCCGUAGCGCCGUACAAUGGGCUCGCCCUUGCCCAAGAUGCGGCGGGCGGGUCAAUCCCGCUCGACAUUAGGAUCAACGGGCGGAUUAGAUGGCGGUUAGGGCCGAUCAUCACGGGUCGUGUCCAUCUGCACGUGGAUUGUCCGGCGGUGAUACCCGUAGGGCGUGGGGUCAUGGUCGGGGUUGCGGUCAAGUACCAACUAUCGCAGAGCUGUAGCGUCAGCGUCUGA